UAUAGGAUUGGUAUAUAGAGAAUGACAAAGGGGAUUAUGGCUAUUGUUGUAGUUGCUGUUUGUGCGCCAUGGAGUCUGCGGACGCGUCCUGGGGUCUAUGGACAACCCGUUUCUUUUGGCUGGGGGUGGCGGUCGCCUCAUACGAGGUUUUCCGGCUGAUCCGCUUCGUGUGGCACAUCCGCCGCCUGUUUCUCGUGGGGAACCCUGGGGCGGUGGGCCCACACCUGGGCGCCUGGGCAGUUGUAACAGGAGCUACUGAUGGAAUUGGGAAAGCCUAUGCAGAAGAGUUGGCAAAGCGAAGAAUGAAGGUGGUUCUUAUCAGCAGAUCUCAGGAAAAACUAGAUAAGGUUGCCAGUGAUAUAAGGGACAAAUAUAAGGUGGAAACAAAAACAAUUGUUGCUGAUUUUCAAAACCGAGAUACGAUUUACAGUAACAUAAAAGCAGGCCUGGAAGGCCUUGAGAUUGGUAUCUUAGUAAACAAUGUGGGUAUUGGUUAUCCUUGUCCUGAGUGCUUCCUUGAUGUCCCAGAGCUAGAUAAACUAAUUGACAACAUGAUAAACAUUAAUUGCAUUUCUGUCUGCAAAAUGACACAAUUGGUGCUGCCUAACAUGGUAAAAAGGUCCAAGGGAGUCAUACUGAAUAUGUCAAGUAUUGUUGCAGUUAAUCAGGCUCCAUUUUUAGCUGUUUAUACAGCAACCAAGGGUUUUGUGAAUUACUUCAGUCAUUGUCUCAAUGUAGAAUACAGAGAUAAAGGUAUCAUUGUGCAGAGUUUUGUGCCAGAUUUGGUGUUUACAAAAAUGUCUAAGAUUUCCAGACCAAACGUUUUUAGACCUACGCCUGAACGUUUUGUAAAAUAUGCCAUCAACACAGUUGGCCUUGUGUCUGAAACAGCUGGAUAUCCAUUUCAUGAAUUUUUGGUCUGGCUGAUACACCUUAUACCAAGUUGGAUAUCUGAUGAGGUGAUGGCAAGAAUAAUCAUCUAUGGAAAACAUAGUAUUUAUAAGAAACAAAAGGCAAACUAGUGAUUUCAUCUUGAUAAUUUUCUCUGCAUUUUGUACCUGCAUUCAAGCACUGAAUACUUUGUCAUCUCUUACAUUCUUUUGGACCUGCGAUUGGCAUGAC